GUUAACAGCGGAAGUGGGGAAAAAUUGUUGCUGAGAAAAUUAGUGCUUUAUUUUACAGCUGGAAUUGUGCUGUCGGAAAGUAAUCUAAACAAAUGAACAGUUUAAGAAAUAACUGACAAUACUUUCUAUGCAACCAUCAAAGCAUCAAAUGUUUUCACUUGGAUAGAUAAAAGACAUAACGGUCAUGGCUGGAACCUUGAUUAGACCUGACAGGAGUACGAGUGGCGCAGAAAACUGGGUGCCGAAUAGCUCAGUGCUGACCUCCCAAGUACAUGCAGCUGCUGUUAAUGGAGACAAGUGUACAUUGCAUAAGCUCAUAGCAGCAAAUCCAGAUUUAAAAGAUACAGAGGACCAGUUUGGCCGGACGCCACUGAUGUAUUGUGUGCUUGCUGACAGAUUGGACUGUGCUGAAGCACUCCUUAAAGCUGGAGCUAAUGUCAACAAAGCAGAUCGCAGCCAGAGGACAGCCUUACAUCUUGCAGCACAGAAGGGAAAUUAUCGCUUCAUGAAGGCGUUGCUUGGACGGCGUGCAAAUUGGAUGCAGAAGGAUCUUGAAGAGAUGACUCCACUUCACUUAGCUACUCGGCACAAAAGUCCUAAAUGUUUGGCUUUGCUGCUUAAAUUUAUGGCCCCUGGAGAAGUGGACACCCAAGAUAGAAACAAGCAAACAGCACUACACUGGAGUGCCUACUACAAUCAUCCAGAACACGUGAAGCUGCUGAUAAAACAUGAUUCCAAUAUAGGCAUUCCUGACAUCGAAGGCAAAAUUCCACUACAUUGGGCUGCCAGUAACAAAGAUGCCACAGCUAUUCACACAGUAAAAUGCAUUCUGGAGGCUGCUCCCACUGAAUCACUACUGAACUGGCAAGAUUAUGAAGGGCGAACACCACUGCACUUUGCUGUUGCUGAUGGAAAUGAAGCUGUAGUUGAUGUAUUAACCAUGUAUGAAGGAUGCAAUAUAACAUCCUAUGAUAAUUUGUUUCGAACUCCUCUACACUGGGCAGCUUUAUUGGGUCAUGCCCAAAUAGGAUAUCUUCUGCUAGAAAGAAACAAGUCAGGUACUAUUCCAUCAGAUAGCCAAGGAGCCACACCACUGCAUUAUGCUGCUCAGAGCAAUUUUGGGGAGACUGUCGAAGUAUUCUUGAAUCAUCCAUCAGUGAAAGAUGACCCAGACUUGGAAGGGCGCACUGCUUUUAUGUGGGCUGCUGGAAAGGGCAGUGAUGAUGUACUCCAAACCAUGCUGAGAGUCAAAGCAGACAUCGACAUCAACAUGGCAGAUAAAUAUGGUGGAACAGCUCUGCAUGCUGCAGUCCUCGGGGGUCAUGUCAGCACGGUGAAGCUGCUGUUGGAGCACGGGGCACAGGUAGAUGCUAUGGAUGUGAUGAAACAUACACCACUCUUCCGUGCUUGUGAGAUGGGCCAUAAAGAGGUGAUCCAGACACUUAUUGAAGGGGGUGGCAGAGUGGAUUUGCUUGACCAAGAUGGCCAUAGUCCUUUACACUGGGCUGCCCUGGGCGGAAAUGCAGAUGUCUGUCAGAUCCUGAUUCAGAAUCUGAUUAACCCUAAUGUUCAGGAUUUUGCUGGGAGAACUCCCUUGCAGUGUGCUGCAUACGGAGGCUACAUCAACUGUAUGGCGGUGCUCAUGGAAAACAAAGCUGAUCCCAAUAUACAAGACAAGCAGGGACGAACGGCACUACAUUGGUCCUGCAACAAUGGUUACCUGGAUGCUGUGAAGCUUUUGUUAAAUUAUAAUGCCUUUCCUAAUCACAUGGAGACAAAUGAAGAAAGGUUCACUCCUCUUGAUUAUGCCCUGCUUGGAGAACAUCAGGAGGUAAUCCAGUAUAUGCUGGAACAUGGAGCGCUCUCUAUUGCUGCCAUUCAGGACAUUGCUGCUUCCAAAGUCCAGGCUGUUUAUAAGGGUUAUCUGGUUCGUAAGGCUUUCCAAGAAAGAAAAAAUCUUCUCAUGAAACAUGAACAACUUCGAAAGGAUGCUGCCAAGAAACGUGAGGAGGAGAGUAAAAGGAGGGAGGCAGAGUUUCUAAAAGAAAAGAGACUGGAAUCUGAGUUAAACGUACAACAAAAAGUUGGAAAUUUUAAUUGCCAUAUUCCAGAUGUUUGUUCAAUAAACGAAACGUGUUCCUCAGCAGCCAUCAUUUCAGAGGGUGGUCAAUUGGAGCAUAAAAUUAACGAGGAUUCAAAGAGACUAUCUAAAAGUAGAUUAGAAGAGAAAGGUUGGAGGAGUAUGGAUACCAUUCAGAGCCAACCACCAUCUGGAAAAAGAGAGAUGAAAAGAAGAAAAGAUCAUCACAGGAAAAGUUCCAAAAAUAAGCUGAAUAAUCACCAGCCGUUCAAUGAACAAAAUGUCUCUGGUGAACUGCAUGCUUCCAGACAACUUACGCCUUCAGAAAGAGGUGACAGAACUGAGAAUUAUAAAAGGACUCCUGAAAGUACCAUUAGACUCACUGGUGGUGGAUCAAAACCUGCUGUCCUUCGAUCAGCCAGUGCAAUAAAAAAUGUAGUGAAACAGCAGAGUGCGUCUCCAUUACCUUGUAGCAGACAUAAAAAGAAAUCUGACUGCGAGGAGCUUGGAGUAGGACUGAAAAAUGGUCGAUUUUCACCUGCUGGUUCAAGCCGACCUGGAAGUGCCAAACCUAUUGUAAGCAAUAUUGACAAUACUGGCCAUAUUGGCAGCCAGACCUUAGAGAGCAUUACUCCUGCUUUGCAUUCUCCAAUUUCCCCAAAGCAUAAAAUUAGCAAUUCUACUGCAACAGCUGGAUCCAAUACAAAACAUAAUACCAUUGAAAAAGCAUCUCAGGACAGAACUGGAAUUUCUCAAUCUCUCAUCUCUCAAAGCUGUUCAUGUACUCCGCCGAGUCAUCAAAGUUCAGAUAUUCUGCUUAUUCCUUUGGAAGUCCGGGUACAAAUAGUGGAAAAGGAAAGACUCAGAAAAGAGCUUUUUCGAAAGAAGAAUAAUGCAGCAACAGUAAUUCAGAGAGCUUGGAAAAGUUACAGGGUACGCAAGAGGUUGCUCCUGCUCUUCCAUUGGCAACGUCAGAAUGGAGAUGGCGUUGAUGAGAUGUGGAAGCAGGAGAUGGCUGCCUUCAUUAUCCAAAUAGCCUGGAGGAAAUUUCUGAGUGGCAGUGUCCAGAAUGUUAUUUCCAUGAAAAGCUCUGGGAGCUCGGGUGUUGGGACAGUGAAGCAGCACUCAGUAUUAAAGCAAAUUUAUGGGAAACCUCAGGAAGAGAAAGGACACAAUUCACAACGAUUGUUCCCUCUCAGAAAUAAUCAAGUAUCUGUCCGGAAAUCCUCUGGAACCCCGGUGAAAAGCGUGUUUCGAAGAGUCAGAUCGGCCUGCAGUACUUCACUGGGUUCUAGGAAUCAUUCCCAGGUUAUGCUUGGCUUGACCUCCUUCAGUGGGCACACUCACUUGAGUAACCUUCAAAAUGUUCAGCUCCUGGGAAACACUGGAAAUUCUAAACAGUUCUCUUACAACAUGCGACCACACACAUCAGGGAUGACGCAUAAAACUAGACCCAAAGAAUAAUGCAGCAACGCAGGACUGUAU